AUGGCGCAAGUCGAACGAUCAUCCCCAGCGGCGGCCGCCAGUACGGGACCAUCACCCCUCGGCUCGGUAACAGAACCAUUCGAUCUUAUCCGUCUGUCCAUUUCAGAACGUGUCUACGUCAAGUUGAGGGGCGACCGUGAACUGCGUGGCACAUUGCAUGCAUACGAUGGACACAUGAACUUGAUCCUGGGUGAUGUGGAGGAGACCAUCUACGUUGUUGAUGUCAACGACGAAAGUGGGUCUGAGACUGUUCGAGUGGUUAAACGUCAAAGCGAAAUGCUCUUUGUCCGUGGAGAUAGCGUCAUUCUCGUCUCGCCUCCUUCCAGCACCUAG